CAACCCGGAAGCGGGCGGUGCUGGAGUCGGAGCCGUUUCCUGCCCGGGAGACAAGCGGCCAGGGUGGGAUCUGUUGCAGCGGACCUGAUCCGGAGCCAUGACUCACCAGACCGGCAUCCACGCCACAACAGAAUUAAAGGAUUUUUUUGCCAAGGCCCGGAACGGUUCGGUCCGCCUCAUCAAAAUCGUCAUCGAAGAUGAGCAGUUGGUGCUUGGAGCCUACAAAGAACUGUCUCGGCGUUGGGAUAAGGACUACGACUCGUUUGUGCUGCCGCUGCUGGAUGAGCUGCAGCCAUGCUACAUCCUCUACCGCCUGGACACCCAGAAUGCACAGGGCUACGAGUGGCUCUUCAUCUCCUGGUCUCCUGACAACUCUCCUGUUAGACUGAAGAUGCUCUAUGCAGCAACCAGAGCAACAGUGAAGAAAGAGUUUGGAGGAGGGCAUGUAAAGGACGAGCUCUUUGGAACAGUUAAGGAAGACAUCUCGCUCAGCGGUUACCAGAAGCAUGUUUCGUCCUACUCCGCUCCGGCUCCUCUGACUGCAGCUGAACAAGAGCUCCAGCAGAUCCGCAUCAACGAGGGUAAAACAGCCCAGGAUCUUCAUUCCCUGGCCUCCAGCAGUGAGAUGAUGGUAGCGGGCUGUUGCUGCUGCCCAUCAGUGGUUGAAUACCCUCACCUUGAGGAGGUCAAGACUGAAAUCAGCGUCGAAAGCAAACACCAGACCCUCCAGGGACUGGCUUUUCCUUUGCAGCCAGAAGCUCAGCAGGCCAUCCAGUUACUAAAACAGAAGAAGAUCAAUUACAUCCAACUGAAGCUGGACCUGGAACGGGAGACCAUAGACUUGGUCCACACAAAUGCCACUGAGAUAGCAGACCUGCCUAAAAGAAUUCCUCAGGAUUCGGCCCGUUACCACUUCUUCCUGUAUAAACACUCUCACGAGGGAGAUUAUCUGGAGUCAGUUGUAUUUAUCUACUCCAUGCCUGGUUACAAAUGUAGCAUCAAGGAGCGCAUGUUGUACUCCAGCUGCAAGAGCCGACUGCUUGACUCCGUGGAGCAAGAUUUCCGCCUAGAGAUUGCAAAGAAGAUUGAAAUUGAUGAUGGAGCUGAGCUGACAGCAGAGUUCCUGUAUGAUGAGGUCCACCCCAAGCAGCAUGCCUUCAAGCAGGCCUUUGCCAAACCCAAGGGGCCUGUGGGAAAGAGGGGACAGAAGCGACUUAUCAAAGGACCAGGCGAGAAUGGCGAAGACAGUUAAACCCUUGUGGACAGGAGGACAGGUCAGGAAAGGGGCUGCGGGUGCCUACCAGCCCCCGGAAUUGCAGCUCCAACCAAAUCCACCUCUCGGCAUCUGAGCCUGUCCACCGAACUCCAGAGCUGUUUCCUCCAUCUCUUCUUUCAAAGUCGUCUCCACCUGGUUUCAUUAGGGGGAGGGAGGGUAGGAAUCUGGGGGCAGGGAGGGAGAGAGAGGACCUCCAAGCCAUUUCUCUUCCUUUUUGCUCUGUCGUUGUGUAAAUCCUGGGAGGGAGGGAAACCAUAACUGUUCUAGAUUGAAAUGACUCUUGAAACUGAUGCACCUGUUUACCGCUUCAUAUUGUCACCUGGUUCACUUGGAAUUGGCACCACUCAAAGGAUUUUCUUCACCACUUAUCUGGGGUGGGGUAUUCACAUGCAAAGAGCAGAACUCUACCCACCCACCCA